AUGAAAGUAUUUGAAUAACUGGAAAGUGCAAUAAAAUCAAAUGACACCAUAAUCAAAUUAAUUCCAACAUUAAAGUUAAUAACUAAUUCCUUGCCAUUUCCAGAUCGUCAUACUUAUAUCAAAGAUCCUAGAUUAGUAAAACUUCUGUUAAUUGUUUAUCCAUUACUACCAGAAGCAAUUGACAUGAUUUUAGGACAAUUUCUAAAUGUAUUUAAAGACUAAGUAGAAUGGAUUAAAGGGUGUUGCAAAGCUAUAGAAGAGUAUGCAGUUUAUAAAUCAAAUACUAUAGGAACAUCGAAAUUUUAUUGUCUUGAAUUUUUUUAACAAGUUCUUCAUAUUGCAGCAUAAGCAGGGUAAGUAUAAAAUAAUAAUUUUAUAGAUUAGAAUUAGAUGAUAUUUGUUAUGGUUUUAUAAUAUUUUUGAAACAUGCAGAAUCAGAGAAGAUGGUUUUAUAUAUAAUGAAUAAAAUUGAAGCAGUUAAAGAAGAAUAUGGAUAUGGAAUCAGGUCUCUUAAUUAAUUUAGUGAAUUAGUUGAAUCAAGUAAUCAUUAAUAUAUUCUUAGCUGUACUCUAACUUUAUUAAGAAGAAAGUAAUAAAAAUACUGAAGAUUAACAUUUCAGAUCUGUAGCAAUUGGAUUGUAGGAGAGUCAAAGUAAAAGAGUAUUACAUCAUUAAAAUACUCUUUCAUCUCCUUCCAUGAGAUCUCCUGCUGUUUCAAGAUAAAGAUCUGAAUCAUUUGGGUCUUUAAAUGAUGAAAUAGUUGAUAAUAUCAAUAUUGAAGAAAUUCUAAUCUAAGAAAAACCUAGAAUUCUUGAUUCAGAUUAAGCAGAAUAUUUUAAAUCUAAUGAAAGACUCUAAAAUCUAAUUUAUUUUAUUACAGAUCCAUAUCUCUCAUAACCAAGUCUUAUUUUUGAUACUGAUGUACUUGCAGAAAACUCUAUUGAAUUUGAUUCAAACAAUUACAAAAAAUUCAAAAAUAUUAAAAUAGACAAAUUAUUUACUAUUAGAUCUUUUAAGACUUUACUGUUUCUAACAGAUAUCCAUAAUCAUAAAUUAUUAAAUGAAGUCAAUGCUCAUCUAACUUAACUUGUCUGUAAAAUUUAAUUAAAAUAUUCUAGUUAGAUCAAUCUCUGGAUUUCUACAAAAUACUUAAUCAAUUGGCAAUAUCACACAUAUUGUGGCACUUAUAUAAUUUUAUUUAAAAAAUGAUACUAAAGAUACAAUAUAUUACUUUCUAUAUUGCAAUCUACAUUUUUAAUUCUUAGAUUAUAUAUGUAUUACUUUAUAAAUAAUUAGACAAUUCUCAUGUUCUUGAUAUCUUAAUCAGAUUCAUUGAUCCAAAUUUUAUUAAAAUUCCUUAGUAGAUAAGGGAUGAAAUUUGGAUCUUUUUGAAUAGUCAAGGAUUUAUUUCAUACAUAAUUGGAAGAAUCAUAAAUAAAGAUUAUUUAGGUGUAAAUAGAAAGGAAUUUCACGUAUCAAAAGAUGGAUAUAAUAUUUUAAAACGUAUUUAUGAAUAAAAAGUUAUUAAUGGUAAAUAAUUAUCUAAUUAUUUUAGAUGAAAAUACUUCAGAAUAACAUACUUAUAAUUUGAGUUCUAAUCUUGAUCAAUAUUUAGGUCCAUUAAUGCCUGGUAAAACUAUUUAAUAAAAUUUAAUUAAAAAAAAAAGAGUUUUACAUGCAGCUUAAACUUAAAUUUAUACUAGAAGAUAUUCUGGAGCUGGAAUGACUGGGAAAUUUAAUAAGAUAAUUUUAGUUGAAAAUAUAUAAUUAUCAGAAUUAAAUGGAAUUUCAUAAGAUAUUGAUAGAUUUAAGGAUGUCAUUUAAUAUUAUUAGAAUAAUCAAUUUGAUAAUGAAGAAUCGAUUCCAACUAAUUAAGGGAUUAAUAAAUUAGGAAGUGAGAAAAUCAUUCCUAAAUCUACCCAUAAAAGUGUAAUGAGUGAUUAAUUCUUGAAAUCAGAUUUCUUAAUUAAUUAAAUUGAUACAAAACCUAUUGAUAUUAAAUCAUUUUUAGGUGAAAAUAAAUCUGUUGAUACAAAAUUACCAUCUUUAAAAUCAAGUACAAAAUUUAGUGGAGGAAGUAUGCAUUCUAGUAGAAUUCUAAGAUAAUCUUCAAAAUAAGGAUAAGAAAUUAAUUUUAAAAAGAAGAAGUCUUUAAAAAUAGAUAAUAUUGAAGAAAUUUCAAACAAUUUUAAAAAACUUAACAAUCCUAUUUCAUCUCCAACUUCUGCAUUUAGAUGCCAUAGAUUUUAUCCAAAUAGUGAUAUUAGUGUAAUUGAUCAUAUCAUGAGAGAAGAAUACUAAGAGUAUAAUUAAUUUAAUAAUGAAUACUUUGCUCUUUAACAUUCUCAAUUAUUAAAUAUUAUUGUUAAUUUAUUUUAAGGUAAGAAUUAUAAAUUUUAAGCACAAACUGAUUGUUUUACAUAAUUGAUUGAUGAAAAAUUGGUUAAUUUUGAAAGACUAAUGAAACACUAUACAUUAAAAAUAUUAGAACCUGAAAAUGGUAGUGCUUAUGAAUUAGGAUUUUUAAUUGUCAACAUAUUAAAAAAAUUAUCAAACUGUGAUAGUAUUUAGGAAUAGUGCAAUAAAAUUUAUAGAAAUCAAAUUCCAAGAUUAUGUAGAAAUAUUGCUUUAUUAAAUAAACAAUAGUAAUUUCCUUAGUAAUUAAACUUAUAAUCAUAUUCUGUAAAUAUUAUAGGAUCUCAGAAAUUAAUUAUGUAUGAGAUUCUGUAAAUUAUGAUUUGUAACGUAAAAAUAAAAUAUUCUAAUAUCUUUAUUAAACUAAAUGAUACUGCUCUACAUAUAUUAAUUAUAUAAUUCCAUUCUAGCUUUCAUAAUGGAAUUUAUUAAAAUAUUUUUAUGAAUUUAGUAAGACAUUUAUUUGUUUAUGCUUCUGAAAAACAGUUGCUAAGUUUAGUUUUCAAAGUAAAUCUUAUAGAGUCGAUUCAUGCUGCUUAUAAGAAUACUGUGAUUAAUAGAGUUGUGAUUAAAGAGUGGAAUACAGAAUAAUAUAUUCUCUAUUUACAAUAAUUAAGUUAAUUAAUAAUUAAUGCUUUUGAUUUAAGAGAAGAUUUAAGAUAACUUAGAUAGUCUUUAAUUAGAUUAUAAUCUUAUUAAAAAUUAAAGGAAUUAUCCUAAAUAUCUUAAUUUUAAUUUGAUGUCAAUCGAUAUACUAAAGAAUUAAUAGCUGCUGAAUAAUAAUUAGUUAAAAUUAAAUUAUGA